UCUCUCUCUCUCUCUCUCUCUCUCUCUUCGCCCUCUCUCCUUUUACCAAUCCCAUCCUCAAUCCAGAAGAAAAUUACCAAGAAACCCCUCUCCUCCUUCCAAGAACUUUCUACCCCUUCCUUCGCUAAUAACACCACCAUGCCUUCUUCUUCCUACAGAAGAGCUUGGAAUGAUCGAUUCCAUACAGAGUCAUGAAGCCGAAUCAAACCGCCAUGAAUCGCCCACGUCGCAGACCCGAUCUCACCCUUCCUCUCCCACAACGAGAUCCGUCUCUGGCCGUACCCCUCCCUCUUCCUCCUCCUGCGACGUCAGCACCCCCUUCAUCCUCGUCGUCGUCGUCGUCAUCUUCCUCUUCCUCUUCUAGCCUUCAUGCAUCGCAGCUCACCCCCAAUCCAUCCGAAUUCGAUCGCAUCCGUCGGAUCGGGAGCGGUAGCGGCGGCACCGUGUAUAUGGUGGUCCAUCGGCCCACCAAAAAGAUCUACGCCCUUAAGGUGAUCUACGGUAACCAUGAGGACGCCGUCCGGCGCCAGAUCUGCCGCGAGAUCGAGAUCCUCCGCACCGCCGACAACCCCUGCGUCGUCCGAUGCCAUGGCAUGUUCGACCACGCCGGCGAGAUCCAGAUCCUUCUCGAGUACAUGAACCGCGGGUCCUUGGAUUCACCUAACAACCCGAUCCCCGAACCCUUUCUAUCCAACGUGGCCAACCAGGUCCUCCAGGGUCUGGCCUACCUCCACCGCAGGAAGAUCGUCCACCGCGACAUCAAGCCGUCGAAUCUUCUGAUCAACGAUCGUAACCAGGUCAAGAUCGCCGAUUUCGGCGUGAGCCGGAUCCUCGCCCAGACCAUGGAUCCAUGUAAUUCAUCGGUCGGGACGAUCGCCUACAUGAGCCCCGAGCGGAUCAACACCGAUCUCAACCACGGAGCCUACGACGGCUACGCCGGAGAUAUAUGGAGCUUGGGUGUAUCGAUGCUGGAAUGCUAUCUGGGGAGAUUUCCGUUCACCGUCGGCAAGCAAGGAGAUUGGGCCAGCUUGGUGGUGGCGAUCUGCUACUCGCAGCCGCCGGAGGCUCCACCGACCGCAUCAAGGGAGUUCCGAGACUUCAUCAGCCGUUGCCUGCAACGAGAACCGUCGAAACGGGCCACCGCUGCACAGCUUCUGGACCACCCGUUUGUAUGGCAGAACAACGCCGGAGGCCAGGUUCUUCAGAACCCACAUUCAUCUACUCAUGGCUGAAAAUCCCCCACUUUUUCUUCCCAUUUUGCCCUUGAAUUUUCCUUUCUUUCUUUAUCUUUUGCCCCUCUUGGAUGUUGCUUCCAACCGCUGAUUUAGGAAGUUUUUAAAUUUUAAUCUCUGGGCCUUUUGGGAAUGGAAAAAAUGGUUUUUUUUUUUUAA